UGGAGAUAUCAAGGUAAGCUACCAGCCAUUUUACUAAUAUACACAUAGUUGUAUCUAUUAAUCAGAGAGAUAUAGAGGAUGGAGAUCUCAAGGUCACCUUGUCGCUCAACUAUGAGAAGGACGGGGAAAGACCUAUCCCUGGAAGCGUAAAGGUUGAGACGAAUGUUGAAGUUGACACAAAGGAACUAAUAGAUCAGUGUACUCCAUUCUACACUAGCAGGCUCAAGCUAGCCUUAGCAGAAGCAUUUUAAUAUCUAUCAAGACUUCAUCACAAAAUGAUAUUGAAGCAACACAUAUUGUUAAGAUGCAAAUAUUUGAUUUUUCGUCUCCGGAAAUUUCACUUUUAGAGGGUUGAAAUGUGUGCAGUAUAAGAACACUUUUUUGCUAUCUUGAAGCCCUUGAAGUGACUAGUAAAAUUUUUGUAAAUAUCAACAAUGUUAAUUUUAUUUUCAACAACGAUUUGUAAAAAUCCAAUUUAUUGAAAUUUUUAUCAAAAAUUUCGCUCUUUCGAGUUUCUAAAUGCAAAAAGCCUUGAGUAAAGUUAUGAAAUUAUAGAAAAGCGCCAAAUACGCUUGAAUAUAUUAACAGUGUACCUGUCAAGAAGAAAAAUAAAUAAAUAGAUUUUAUCGGUUUUCAGAGUAAAUGGCAUUUAGUGGUGGUUCAACUUUUGGGGGAUUCGGAGCCCCCGCUGCUCAGCCCAGUACCUUUGGUGGGUUCGGUGCAGCAACUUCUCAGCCAAGCACUGGCUUCAGUGGUUUUGGUGCUGCAACUUCUCAGCCUAGCACUGGAUUUGGUGGAUUUGGGGCCGCCACUUCUCAGCCCAGCACUGGUUUUGGCGGGUUUGGGACCGCCACUUCCCAGCCCAGCACCGGGUUCGGGGGAUUUGGGGCUGCAACUUCUCAACCAAGCACCGGCUUUGGUGGGUUUGGGGCGGCAACCACUUCUCAGCCCAGUACUGUCUUCAGCGGCUUUGGCGCGGCGGCCACUUCUCAGCCUAGUACUGGAUUUGGUGGAUUUGGAGCUGCCACUUCACAACCAAGCACUGGGUUUGGAGGAUUUGGGGCAGCGGCAACUCAAGCUAGUACCGGGUUUGGCGGAUUUGGCUCAACUACUUCUCAGCCAAGCACAUUUGGAGGAUUUGGAACAACUACCAGUCAACCCAGCACUGGGUUUGGAGGAUUUGGAACAACUACCAGUCAACCCAGCUCUGGGUUUGGAGGAUUUGGAAGUUUUGGUUCCAGCACAGCUGCCAAACCAACAGGAUUUGGUACAACGGGUGGAAUGUUUGGUGGAGCAGGAACUGGACUUAGUUUCGGGCAACCUCAACAACAGCAACAACAACCACAGCAGACCCAGGUUAACAACGCAAUAUUUUUUUUAAGGGCUUCAUGGGGAUUUGGAAAAGCAUACUAUUCAAACUCAGCCCAGCCGAUUCAAAUCAAACCUGAGAACCCCUUCUGUAGGUUUAAAUCCAUAGGAUACAGUGCUAUGCCCCAGCAAGAUGACAAGGAAGGAUUGGUGGGAUUGAUGUUUAAAAAGAAACAAGCUGAACUUGAAGCAGGAAAACCCCAGAUAACCGCUUCUCUUACCCAAACUCUUGGAAAUCGACAAAAUAUGAAAAUUAAUAUUGAAAAUAUAAAAUCUUCCGAGUCUGAGUUGAGUGAGGUUGUUGUGAGUGUGGAUGAGAGUUUACAGACUGGAGGGGUCAGACGGAUCCCGGCUUCGGAGCUCAGUGCAUUCUUAAACCAAACCAUGCAGGUUCAGUCCUUAAAAAAUCUAGGAGUGGAGAUGGUUAUACCUCAGGUUAAGAUUACAGAAGAAGAUCUUAAGGAGUACCUGGCCAGCCCCCCUGCAGGAGUUGACCCCCGGCUGUGGAAGCAGGCGCAGCUAGAUAAUCCAGAUUCUAAAUCCUUCAUUCCCGUUCCGAUCAUUGGUUUCAAAGCUCUGUAUCAAAGGAUUAAAAUACAAGAAAACCAAUCCAAAUCUCAUCAAGGUCGACUGGAUUGUAUAGCGGAGAAUAUAUCGGAGUUACAGAAGAAAAAUCAGAACACACUCGCAGCGCUCGCGGAGGCUAAAAGAAAACAACUAGAACUUUCCCACAGGUAUGUUAAAGUGACUGUUCAGAAUGUUUGUCUGCUCCAGGUUCGGUUGCAGUCCCAGUCCUCUGUAUUAUCUGGAAAUGAGAAGUAUACCCUGGACCAGUUUGCUGUGUCUGAUGUUAAAUCUGUACUUAGAGAUCAGCAGCAGGCCAUCCAGGCGUUGGUCUCAGUAAUCAAAGAAGACAUGAAAGAUCUUAAUAUAAUGGUCGAUGGACUGUCAGCAUCAGAUGGAUCUCAUCAAUAACUUAACAGCUCCUGGUUAUAUCGUCCCAAAAAUAAUAAAAAGUUGUGAAGGGUU